AUGGUGGUGACACGCAAACGUAAAUAUGACAAUCCCCGCCUCACGAUGAAUAAAGAGCCAAUAAUAUUUACCAACAAAAUAAGGAUCCUGGGCGUAGAAAUAGACGCUGCAUUAACUUUUAAAGGCCACAUUGACAACUUGUACAACGGGAGCAAAACGUCCGUGGGAGUGGGAGCGGCAUGGACUGAGUGGCAAGACGGGACCGAGAUUAAAAAUAAAAAGGUGAGGCUGGCUCCGUACUGUACAGUGUACCAGGCGGAGCUAGCCGCACUGAGGGACGCAGUGACAUAUCUGACCAAGAGAAGGCGGAAUGCGGCUGUGCUCAGCGACUCUCGCUCUUCACUGGAUGCCAUCGCGGGUGGACGCUCUCUCGAUCCCCAAGUUGCCGAGAUUCGCCAGAACCUGGAAGAGUGCCAUGAAAAUGGCAUUAAAAUUGAACUCUUUUGGGUGAAGGCGCACGUUGGCACUACGGGAAACGAGAUGGCAGACGCUCUCGCGGGGGAGGCGGUUAGGGAAACGGGGACGCGAAUAGGGUACGUUGCGUAUCCGCUUUCCUAUUUGCGACGACUGACAAGACUCAAGACUUUAGACACCUGGAACGAGCGCUAUGUGGGGGGCGAAACAGCCUCAGUCACAAAAAUGUUUUUUAAAGAUGCAAAUGCGGCAUACAAACAAAUCAAGACAAGGCGUUUCGCACCUGACAUGGCGCAGAUCCUGACUGGCCACGGGGCUUUUGGACACUAUUUACACAGACUCAAACUGAAGACAAGCCCCGCGUGUGACUGUGACGACAGAACCGACCAAACGGUGGUUCAUUUACUUGUCGACUGUGCGAAUUUUGGAAGGGCCAGGUGCGAUCUGGAACUCGAGACUGGCAUGAGGGUAUCCCGGGAUGGGCUAUCCGACAUGUUGCUUGAGCACAGAUCGCAGCUGGAAAAAUUCUGCGACAAGAUUGUCAGAUAUGUCACUCACAAAAAUAGCACGAGAGAUAACGCGGGUGUCGCCGGGCAGUGGGCCCCGACUCACCUAUAA